GCCCUCUCUUUCUCUGGAUUUCUCUACCAAUCAUAUCACAGGCAAGCUCUCUUGCUAGUUGCUUCUCUCUGUUUUGGGCUACUAGGGUUUAUGAGCAUUUGAUCUGAAGCUCAGCUCCUGGAAAUGAUUCUAGAAUUGGAGGGUUAACAUGUAUGAUACGGCCAAUCCGCAAUGUUGAAUCGUCCGCCUCGAUCUGCUGCAUUUCUCACUUGGUUUCUUCAGUGGGUUUCCAGAAAUGUUGAAUUUUAGACCAAGAUGAGUAAGACAGAAUUACCAAGGACGAAGGCGCCCCCGGUUCCUUUGGCAACUUUGAUUGGCCGCGAGCUCCGGAAUGAAAAAGUUGAAAAACCUUUUGUGAGGUAUGGACAGGCUGGCUUGGCAAAGAAAGGGGAGGAUUACUUUUUAAUCAAGACGGACUGCCAGAGGAUUCCUGGGGAUUCAUCAACACUGUUUUCUGUAUUUGCGAUCUUUGAUGGGCAUAAUGGUAUAUCAGCUGCUAUUUUUGCAAAGGAAAAUAUACUUAAUAAUGUCAUGAGUGCAAUACCACAAGAUAUCAGCAGAGAUGAGUGGCUUCAAGCUCUUCCUCGGGCUCUAGUUGUUGGGUUUGUGAAAACUGACAUAGAAUUUCAGCAAAAAGGCGAGACUUCUGGGACUACAGCAACAUUUGUUCUGGUUGAUGGUUGGACUGUCACUGUUGCAUCAGUUGGGGAUUCUCGAUGUAUAUUAGAUACCCAGGGAGGUGUAGUAUCUCUUCUGACAGUUGAUCACAGACUGGAAGAGAAUGCAGAAGAGAGGGAACGUGUCACUGCUAGUGGUGGUGAAGUAGGAAGACUCAAUGUAUUUGGAGGCAAUGAGGUAGGACCCCUUCGCUGCUGGCCUGGCGGAUUAUGUCUUUCUAGAUCGAUUGGUGACACAGAUGUCGGAGAAUUUAUUGUGCCAAUUCCCCAUGUUAAGCAAGUAAAGCUUUCAAAUGCUGGUGGAAGACUUAUCAUAGCUUCUGAUGGCAUUUGGGAUGCCUUAUCUUCUGAUAUGGCUGCCAAGUCUUGUCGGGGUCUACCUGCAGAGCUUGCUGCAAAGCUGGUAGUUAAGGAGGCUUUAAGGUCGAGGGGACUGAAGGAUGAUACAACUUGCCUUGUUGUAGACAUUAUUCCUUCAGAUCAUCCUGUAUUACCACCAAUUCCGAAAAAGAAACAUAAUAUGAUAACUUCACUUCUCUUUGGGAAGAAAUCUCAGAACUCCACUAACAAAGCUAGUAAUAAGCUGUCUGCUGUGGGAGUUGUAGAGGAGUUAUUUGAGGAGGGUUCUGCAAUGCUUGCAGAAAGGCUUGGUAAGGAUUUUCCUUUGAAUGCAAACUCUGGGAUUUUCCGUUGCGCAGUCUGCCAGGUGGAUCAACCUCCUGGCGAUGGUUUAUCAGUGAACUCUGGCCCUUUCUUCUCGACCGCAUCUAAGCCGUGGGAAGGUCCGUUCCUCUGUGCAAACUGCCGAAGGAAGAAAGAUGCCAUGGAAGGGAAAAGGCCUAGCAGACCCACAGUGACAGCAUAGUAAUUGUCUAAUAUUUUAGUAACAUAGUAAAUAUUAGUAUAAUUUUUGCCUGGCAGUGUGAGCAUGUUUGGUUUUACCUUUUUGUUGGUGGUUGAAUACCACAGAUGUGAGGUUGAGAUGGUUUGAUAGGUGUGUUGGUGGUUGUUGUAAGUUUUGAUUCUGGCUUGUGCUCAGCUGUUGGACCGACUGACAACAAACGUGGUCUAGUAGAUAAGUUCUAAUGGUGUGUUUGCUAACGGCUUGAAUCUGUAAGUAAAUCCAAAUUGAAGACAGCAUCGCGAUAUGUUUCUCAAUAGUACAUGGGUCCUUUCCAUGUAGAGAGAUUGAUUAUGUUGAAGUA